UGGCAGUAAAGCUAUUAAAGCUUCAUUAUACAGGAAAACUAUUAUGAACCAGAAGGGAAAUGCUGAUCGGGCAGAUGGAAUAGCAUAUACAUCAAAUCCUCAAGGUUCAUAUGAAAUAUCUAUCACUGAGGGGAGCCGGCCAUAUAAUACGGAUAAAAACAAAGAAACAUGUGAUUUUAUUCAAAACGCAAGAGCCGCAAAAGAUAUAAUCAAUUAUGUUGUGGCACAAGAGGUUUUAAACAAGCGACCACUUCCAUUAUAUUUUCGGACCUAUAUGAUUCAAGUUUAUGAGUUUCGUUUACGUUUCUAUUUCAUGGAUUAUCUUGGACAAUAUCGUCUUUUUGAGAUUGAAAAGUGUGAAAUACCUACAGAUUGGAGAGAAGUUUCAUUAUUCACUUCUUUCUAUAAAUCAAUUGUGACAUGGGCGGAAAAUAGGGAAAGAAAAAGCUCACGUCUCAGUAACAGUCAUAAUGUUCGAAAAUUAUUAAACCUUGCGCAUAAUAAUGAGCGAGGUGGUCAAAACGUGAUAUGA